UUUAUCUGAAUCGAUUUUCUGGGAGAAUAUAUAAAGGCCAGAAAAGUGAGCAAUCGAUUAAUGCCGUAUUCAUCACUAUGUGCAUUCAACUAAAAUGGCCGAUGAAGAUACAGAAAAGACAACGCGCACAAGCAAGGAGCAAAUAGAGUGCUACCUGGCGUUUAUGCGGAGCCACCCUGAGUUGCAGCUCAACAAAAAUGACCCGACGCGGCCAAAAAGGAUACAGGAGCUGUGGAUAGAGCUAGCAGAGCAACUUAACGCUCUUAAAGGGCCGAUACGCACUCCGAAUAAAUGGAAAGAGUCUCUAGCCCAUUGGAAAAAUCAAGUAAGAUCCAGGGCUAGGAAGGCAAAGGCCGAUCGAUUGGUGACGGGCGGAGGUCCCUGCUUGGAAGAGGCAGUUACGGAGAGGGACCAGCGGGCAUUGGACACUCUUGGCUCAGUCGUUGUUGAUGGGAUGGCUGAUAUUCCAAAUGUUGGUGCCGAGUAACGUAAAUGUAGUGAAGUUGCAUAGGCCGUCAAUGUCAUCAGGAUUAAACUUCUUUACACUUUAUCCGGUAACUUUGAUAACACUGAUGACUUUAGCCACCGUUGGCAUGUCCAAAUGAACUUUUCGCUCAAAGUUUACACUGGUGGCAAAUGUAAAUAAGGAUUAAAAUUUAAAAAGUAAUUAAUACAACUUAAAUAAAAUCUGUGGAAAAUUAACAAUAAAAUCAGACAGGUUCUGCAAUUCUCUUCCGAGUGAAUGUCAACCCC